AUGGCAAAAUUUCUCAAAUCGUUCUUUACGCCGAGCGAAAAGCGGAAACACUCCAAGUACGACGGUGAAACGGAAGACGGCAAAACUGAUUUCCCGCCAUUAGAUGAAAGGCGAAAACUGUCUAUAUCCAGAUCUGGACGAUUAAAGCAAGCAAACAGAAAGCGGCAUUCACUAUCUUUGGAUCUGUACGGUGAAAGUAACCAAUGCGUCGAGAAACCGAAGUCUAGAGAGUAUCACGUGCAGAUCGCUUCGUCAGAUUUAAGCACUGACAAGAAUCAGAGACGGAAAAGUGCAGAUAGUAACAACUACAUUCACACUAAAACAGAACGUUUUCAUAAAACGAAAACUCAAGAUAACAAACAGAGUAAUGUUAACGACGCGGGAGUAUGUCCUGAAACAGAAAUUGACAGCGCUUUUGAAAUAAUUGACAGACCAUGAGACUUUGGA